AUGCCCCAUGAGGAUGCCUUGGCCAUCGAGGUUGUCAUCCAUAACUUCAGAGUUCGGAAGGUGCUAGUAGACGACAGCAGCAAAGUGAAUCUAUUAUCUUACAUGGCCUUCCAGCAGAUGAAGAUACUUGAGGAGCAGCUGGUUAGGGAUCAAGCCCCGGUUAAAAGCAUAGGAGGGACCCCGGUAGCAGUAGAAGGAAAAGUAAAGGUAGCCAUCACCCUAGGGGAGCCGCCCCUGUCACAGACUCACUACAUAGUAUUUCUGAUGGUGAAGUUACCCCUGAGCUAUAACACCAUCCUUGGAAGAUCGAUGCUAUAUGAUUUUGAAGUAGUAACCAGCAUUCAGUAUCUGACCAUGAAGUUUCCAAUAGAGGCAGGGGUCGGAAUCAUCCGAGGAAGGCAGGAGGAGGCCAGAGCUGUAUACCUGGCCGCAAUGGAGGAACAAUGCACCCAAUUAAAAGAAAUAAACCCUGAAGUCAUGGAGGUCCGAGAUGAAAAGAAAGAGGCCAUGACUGAAACCUGUGGACAAGCUUGA